UAUUAAAUAUCACCCUACCUACAAGAGGGAAUCGUACAAUUUUCGAAAAACUGUUUUAAUUAAUGAGUACGAAUGCUUAUUUCCAAAAAAAAAUUUUUUAUGUAAAUAAUCCUUUUUAUGUAUCGAAAACUAUGUAAGACAUUUAACUGUAAAAAAAACACGUAGCUGGUGACUUGGACGACGUCAUGUAAUUUGUAGGGAACACAAAAGGAUUUUCAAUGAAAAAAAACAAAUUAUCAUGUGCUGUUUUAUAUUCAACCCUUGUAACUUGUUAAAUAUUCAGUAUAUCAUUUAAAUUGUUUUACAUUUUGAAUGUUUCCCCAGAUAUGUUUACUACCAAUUUACCCAUAAAUGACGUCAUGCGACGUCAUGUGAACACAGACUACAAAUAUAGAAAAAUUAUAUUUUUGUUUAUUGAUAUCAAAAUACAAAUCAUUAAUGUUUAGAAAAAAUAUUCGGCGUAUAAUCGAUAAACUUAAUGAACUUUUUAACCACACUCAAUUAAUUUUUGCCCAUUCCCCAAUCACACCAGCCCUUUUACGCCCCCACUGAAGGGGCUCAGGCCUUCCUUAUGGAUGGUUAAGGAGGAUGGGUCAUGACCCUCCACGCUGGCCCAAUGCGGAUUGGAAGGUAUUAACGACUGCAAAUGCAGCCAGGAUCAACGGCUUAACGUGCCUUCCGAAGCACGGAGUAGCUCGAGAUAAUAAUUUUUGGUCACCCAUCCCGUGACCGAUCCUUGCGAAAGUUGCUUAACGACUACGAUGGCGGGCCGCGGCGCUUAUCCACUACGCCACCGAGCUACUCCCCACUUUCAUCAUUCUCGUCAUUCCCCACUCAUUAACAAAUUUUUAUAUAUCAAGAAUAAAGUUUAUAAAUUAUAAAAUCAAUAAAGAACCAUUAUGCACCCCACUAUUAGCAGUUUUCCCAUAGCUUUGCCUAGAGUAUAUGUAUGUUUCUUACCCAUAGCACUCUAAGUACGAUUGAAAGAGAAUGCCUAAGGCAUUAAGUCCGCCAAUUUACAUCUAAUAUGCAAGAAGAAUUAAAUAAUAAUAAUAAUUUUAGAACUUCAAAAUGUACACGAAUGUUAUAAAAAAUGUACACGAACAAUAAAUAGUUUUCAUUGAAGCAUCUGUAUAUUUUGCAUAUACUAACUGGCCUCGUAAAUCGUAAAUGGUGGGGGACGCGCCGCUCGCACCUCGUCUCGCACGGUUUCUAUUUUGCGUUUCUUGAAUUCAGUCAGUUGCUUCACCGCGCUGAGCGGACUUGUGUAAUGCUCGCGCGUGCAUUUUAUAAUUUAUUUAUUUAGCAUACAUAGACAUUUACAGUAAAAAGUAUUUAAUUGAGGUGAUAGUGACUAAGAGGUUACAAAUAUCAAACAUAUUUUAAGUGGUUUACGGACUGUACAGUUGGUGUAGUGAUUUUUUAUACGAACUUGGAUUCAAUGUGUUGACCCCUUGUGUCUGGACGAAAAAGGCUGUGAUUUUUUGAUUUAUAGUACACAAAACUUAAAAUCCUUCAUACAUUUUUGACAUUCAAAUGAAUAGUGUGAAAAUAGACAAAAGUGAGAUAAAUCGAUCUAUUUGUAAAGUAGCUUUAUCAGCUCUGGCACAUUGACGUGAGCAGCUUUUUGAGUUGGUCGCGUAAUCGUGCACACCAGCGCCAUCUGUGAAGAAAGUUCCGUGUGAACUUCGCACAAUCACGAGCGAGCACCACUUGCAAAAAUGCUUUACGUGUCUUUACUUUCGCUGGCUAAGUUUUAGAAGUUAUUCAAAGAUCCAGUAGAUUUUUAGUGCUUGUUGUUCAGGUAUUCGAUUAUCCUACAAUUGGUGAUAUUCCAUGGAUUCUGGUUGAGCGGUGCUGUGAAGUCUACAUGGUUUUGUCGAGCGGCUGAGCCAUGGCCACCGCCGAGAUGAGCCUGCCUGACAAGAAGCCGGAGCACGAGUCAGGAUAUUACGAAGGCAGCGACCAGGAGGGCAGUAUGGAGUGCGGAUGCCCUUCACCUGUGAGUUCGCGGAAUUCCUCUCAUUCUGCUAAAUUGAAGCGUCGGCACAGCGCUCAGAAACAUAAGAAGGUGCCAACCAAGAAAGUCAGAACGGAUCCAACAAUCAACGGCCACCUAAGCACUAAUAACAGGAACACUGAAGAUAGUGUUGAAGUAUUGGAGUGCACUGAUAUUCCCAUUGUGAAAGACAUUAAAAAAGUAGCUGAAGUUCUUCCUGUCCCUGGACCUAGUACCAAACGCAGUAGCUCUGUGGAACUUAUUGGUGGCACUGUUCCUGCACCAGCUCGUGAUUCUGUAGAUUGGAACCUGGUGGAUGCUAGUAAAAUUAGAAAAAGAUAUAAAGUUAAUCUUAACGGAGCUUCAAAAGUGGACAUAUCACAUUUCGACUUGCUCAAAGUCCUCGGCACGGGAGCUUACGGCAAAGUGUUCUUAGUUAGAAAAAGAUGUGGCGUCGACGUAGGGAAAUUAUAUGCAAUGAAGGUUCUCAAGAAGGCGUCAAUAGUACAGAAGUUAAAGACUGCAGAACACACGCGGACAGAAAGACAGGUCCUGGAAGCGGUACGGGAAUGUCCGUUCCUGGUGACACUGCACUACGCGUUCCAGACAGACGCUAAACUCCAUCUUAUACUCGGUAAGUCGGUUCAGUUAUUUGUUUUGUCUCUCUCAUAAGACGAUAAUUAAUUAUUGGGUCAACUGUCCACUCUCCAUCACCAGCCUUAAUAUGAACAAACUCACGCACAUGAGUGCUUGCCCGAUGAUAUUGUUUAAAGUGGAAGAUAGUUUAAUAUAUUUAAAACAACUAUAGUAUAGUUGUGUGCCGUUACAUUAUGUUAAACCAUUACCGGCGUCGUUCAAGUGAUGAACACAUCACUAUUCCACGGCCCACCACCAAAACCACCAUUCAAUCAUUUGUAACAGUAUUGUUAACUCGAUUCUUGUCUCGGUUAAAAGUUAGCUAAUUAUAAUAAAAUUAAAAUAGAAUGCCUCUUUGCGAAAGUUAUGACCGAACAUUAUAUUUGGAAACAUAAAUUUACGUUGUAAAAAUAACCGCUGAAUGUAUGUAUGUAGAUGUUGCGAUAUGGAAGACUUAGAAAAAGAAACUUCCCAACUCUUAAUAACCUUUUGAAAUUGGCAAACAGCGCGAAUUUUGGUUAUGGAAAUGUAUAAUUAGCAUAAUAUUUUAAUAUUUACUUCGUAGAUAUACGAAAAUUACUGAUUGGCUCGUUACUAACAGUAGAGUAGAAGUCUGGGUAGUGUUGUCUGUUGCUUCAUAUUGAUCAGAUGUAACAUAUAAUUUUAACAAUUGAACUGUAAACGAAAGAUCAUGAGGUAGUUGAACGACCUCCACGCCCCCGAGAGACCUAGAUGUGUUACGUCACAGUGCGCAGACCCUGCCUGGGGUGCAUGACUCGGCGGCAGACGGGGCCCGAGGUCACUUUCAUCCCGACCGACUGUUGUAGGCCCAGUCAGUCGCUAGGCGAGCGCGUAGGGUUGCUUUGAUUACCAUACCGUGUACUACGACCGUUUCCCGGAGUGAUAGGCAGAUAAAACAUAUGUUAUAUAAAUGUGAUAAUAGCAGAAAGCUUCUUAAAUAAAGCCAA